AUGUUCCUCCUAUUCGCGCAAAACGGACUCACGACGACAUGCUUUUUCCUUGACGUGCAGAGAUUUAAGUUGACCGGCUGCAAGAGAUGGGUCGCAAGACUGGGUCCCGCUCUGCGAUUCCUGGUUGUUGACCUCGGGAGGUUCUCUGUUCGCGUCGCUGUUCGCCAAAUCCCCAUCCGCGUAUCUUUUGAGUCCGCAAUCCGCGAAUGCGUUCUGAGGCCUGCUCAUGGCGUGCCCCUUCAGGUGCCCCUUCAGGUGUUUUCUCUGAGCUCCUGUGGUGCUGUGGUCGGCCGUUAUGCUUACAAAGCUGGUGGUGUGGGCGCCAGCAGCGGAGAAGAGGAGCAGAGGAGAAGAGGAACGGAGGAGAAGAGGAGCGGAGGAGAAGAGGAACGGAGGAGAAGAGGAGCGGAGGAGAAGAGGAGCGGAGGAGAGGAGCGGAGGAGAAGAGGAACGGAGGAGAAGAGGAGCGGAGGAGGAGAGGAGAAAAGGAGCAUAGGAGCAGAAAGUGGCAUCUCCUCCUCCGCGGCCUCAAUCCUCCCUCCCGCGGCCUCUAUCCUCCCUCCCGCAGCCCCUAUCCGCUCCCCCGUGGCAGCAAUCCCUCCUCCCGCCGCCACGCCUCCAACUGCCCGCCGACGCGUCCGACCUCCGCGCCGACGCGGACGACCAGCGCGGCGAAGCGGACGACCUGCGACCGCCGCGGACGGCCAGCGCGCGACCCCCGACGACCAGCGCGCUGCCGCGGACGGCCAGCGCGGCCUCGCCGACGGCCCGCGCGCUGACGCGGACGGCCAACGCGGCCCCGCCGACGACCCGCGCGCUGACGCGGACGGCCAGCGCGGCCCCGCCGACGACCCGCGCGCUGACGCGGACGGCCAGCGCGGCCCCGCCGACGACCCACGCGCUGACGCGGACGGCCAGCGCGGCCCCGCCGACGACCCGCGUGCUGACGCGGACUGCCAGCGCGGCCCCACCGACGAGCCGCGUGCUGACGCGGACAGCCAGCGCGCGGCCACGAAAGACCCGCGCGCCACCGCGGACGGCCAGCGCGCGGCCGUCGACGCCCCUGCGCCGACGUGGACGGCUGGCGCGUAG